AUGACUCAAGCAGUUGAGGAAAAGGGGAAAGAAGGGGCCAGUGUUGUUGAAGAGAAGUGCACUGGAGUAAGAGAUGAGGGAGUCCAAAGUGGAGCUCGGAUCAUUGAAAUGAGAUUUAAUGGUGUACCUGAGAGCGAGCUUGCACAGACCAGUGCAGAAACACAUUCUCAGCAGCCCAGGCAGCAUGACGGCUCCACUGCUCCAUUGUUCACAGUGAAAAAGUGCAUCAGGAGGUCUUCCUCCUCCUCAACCUCUUCCUCCUCCUCUUUCUCCAUGGAAGUUGACUGUGCGGGGAUCAUCCUGAAUUGCCUCUUCUGCAGGAUUUACAACAUGUUUCUCAUGCUGCCCGAUUCCUGUCAGACAGUGGCCUAUCACUGCUGCCCCACCUACACACAGGUCUCCACCACAGUGGACUCUGUGUCCAGCAGUGACCACAGUUCUAACAUGGACUUGGAUUGUGGUUUGCUCCGAUCCUGUCAUGACACCAGUGAAUGCCUGGAGCUGGCUAUGGAGAUCUCUGAAAUAUGUUAUCGCUAG